AUGUUGGGUUGGUUUUGGUUGUUUGGGGAGGUAUGGGGGUGGGUUUGGGGUGGUGGGUUGGGGGUGGUGUGUGGGGGGGUUAUUUUUGGGGGGUUGGUUUUGGGUUUUUGGGGGGUUGGGGGGUGGUUUGGUAGUUGGGGUGUGUUGUUGGUUUGUGGGUUGUUUUGUUGGGUGGGUGUGGGGUGGGUUUUUAUUGUGGUUGUUUUUGGUUUUGUUGGGGUGGGUUGGGGGUGUUUUUGUUGUUGUGGGAUGGUGUGGGGGGUUGGAGUUUUGGGGAGGGAGUGGGGGGGGAUUGAUAUGGGGGGGGGGGGGGGUGGUUUGUGA